AUGUCGGAUCUUUUGUCCGGCAUUUCAAAUCUCACGAAACAGAUAAGUAAUAAUAUUCCAUAUCAAAUUAAGAAGCUGGGAGAAUCCGUUCAUACAAUGGUGAUGAAUUAUACUGAAGCCGAAAACCUUGUUUAUGAGGCUACCAACGAAGACCCGUGGGGUCCAACUGGUUCACAGAUGAAGGACAUUGCUAAUUACACAUUCCAAUAUGAAGGUUUUCAUCAGGUUAUGAAUCUUCUCUGGAAACGUAUGCUGGAAGACAAUAAGACUGCAUGGAGGAGAGUUUACAAGAGUCUUACCCUUCUAAAUCACUUACUUUUUCAUGGUAGUGAGCGAGUUAUUGGCAAUGCUCGUGAUCACAGCUUCCAAAUGAGGGUGCUGGAACACUACAAGUAUGUCGAUGAUCGUGGAAGAGAUCAGGGCCUCAAUGUUCGUCAUCGUGCGAAGUUAAUACUUGAACUUCUUGGAGACGAUGAUAAACUCCGAACUCAGCGAAAGAAGGUGAAAUCUGAUAACAAAGAUCGUUAUCAGGGCUACACUUCCGAAGAUAUUCGUAUGGGUCGUGGUGGCUCGUGUAAUAGUGUUAGUGCGAGUGGUUUCAAUGAUGACUGGAAGGAUGAUACAAACCAAAACUACAAUCGAAGGUUUUCACAUGAAGAUACCAGGGAAGAUUAUGCUGUCAAAGAGGUGAACUCAUUCCAAUUCCCCGACGAGAGCCGUCGGGGCUCAGUUUCUCCGGAACUAGGAUUCAGACAAGACCCUGUUUCUGACGACGACUUUGGAGAUUUUGCAACUGCUAGAUCGAUUCCUCAGUCUGCUGUGACCGUACAGACAUCAGACAAGGUUAGAUCUGGUGCAGUUCAUAUUCCUGCUCUACGCCCACCAGCUCCAUCUUCAACAACUAAUGCAACUGCUACGUCUUCUACAUCUUUUGAUCUACUUGGUUUGAACGCUUCGUCAUCUACAGUACAGCCCGCCUCAUCGAUUAAUGCUGUGCAUUUAAUUGAUACCUCACUUGUCACUUCGUCUGCUGACACGCUUCUAAGAGAUUCCACCCCAGUCGAUGGAAUGGAAUUGGUUAGGAGAGGAAAUGCUGUCUCGGAACCCCCUUUGACCACAGAUUUGUUCGGAUCGAACUCCUCUGCGUCGCUACCUCUUCCCAAUAUUUUUGUGAGUACUUCUUCUCCUCCUGCUCAAGUUGGUGUCUCCCAGGCUCACACUGGUUUCGUCCCAUCUGAUGUUUUCUCUACAGACCGUUCUGCAAAUAUAGUUGACACCACUAACUUCACUCCUCUCAACCCAAGUCGUCAACCUAUCACUACUUCUCCGACGAAAUCGGCAUUGUCUAGUGAUGAAAAACCUGCUAGUGUCGUGAAGAUCGGUAGCACAUGGGCCGAUGCCAGUAGUUUGAUUGACCUCGAUAACCUUGGAAUGAAGAACACUCCGGUUAAGCAAGGCCUGUCCCUGAAUCAAAUGCAAAUGAAUAAGCAGUCGUUCUUGAAUUAG